ACAUCAGCGUAGUACAUUCAUUUUUUACUUUUUAGCACCUUCACUUUCUCUUUCACGUUAAGCUUCCUUUUCUCCCGCCCUUCAUCGCAAUUUCUCAAAAUUCAUACCCUCAGCUUAUGAUCUAUUCAACAUUCCGUUUAUCCAAUUCGAAAUAGUAAAAAAUCCAUUUGAUUUUAUUGAAUUUUCUAUAGCUAUUAUUUCAAGAAACCACAACUGUAAAUCCAAGAAAACUUCAAAAGUAGACGCUUCACAGAGAGCAGAGCCUUUUGUUGAGUAAAUCUUGGAGGAAAUUAAUAUAAAGAAUGAAACUUUAAUCUCAAAUCAGCGCCCUCUUUAUCCCUUUUUGUGCUAUCUUUCCCCCCUCUAUUCAUACUCUUGUCUGUAUUAGUAAUAUCAGGGUUUAGCUUUCAAAUUUCCCUUAUGAGUGUUCAUGCUAUGAUCUUUUACAUUUUCUGUUUGUAACUUUUGCUUUUCAAUUGUUACAUGUAAUUAAUUAUAUGUCAAAUUUCAAGACUCAAGUGUGUGAAGCCAGCGUUGUACACAACUUUAUUUAAAGGUGUUCUUAAGGCUGGAAAAGAAUAAUGGGUACUGUUAAACUGCAACUGCCGUUGCCUAAAAAUGUUAAUGGAAUGACCCUGGAUCCAAACCAUGAUUGUAGCUUUGAUGCUUUACUGGUCGAGCUCAACUCGAUAGAGAAGAAGCUCAAUGGAUCAUCGAAAUUUCCAUUACCUUUUACUAAAGCAGAAUCUCAAGAAUUCUCGACUUCAAAGAAUAAUACUUGGAGAGGCUUUAUUAUGCAAGUGUCUGAUGACGACGUGGAGGAUGUGGAAAGAAACAAUAAGGAUGAAGUUGGUGAUCAUUUUGUUCUGGGGAGAAAACGUUUUGCCUGUGACGAAAUCUAUCUGAGUGAUAGCGACCAUUCUGAAGAAGGCAUGGGCAUUGAACUUCAACGUGAUCUAAUGGAUAAAGUGGGAUUAGUGAAAAGUGCUUUAUCUGAAUUAGCUCAUGAGCACCAGCUUACUAUUGCGGAGGAAAUGAGAGAUCAACUAUCAGCAAUUGAAGCUGAGUUAAUGGAUGAAAAUCAGAAGCUUGCCUCCACACUUGAACGGGUUGAGAGAAAUACUGAAGCUCAAAGGGAAAUGAACAGAAAAUUUGACAUGCAGUACCAGCGUAAAAUUGCAGAAGCACUUGAUGAUCACCUAACUGCUGUGCAAAGGGAUCACGAACACAGAUCCCAAAUUGAAGAAAGGAGAAUAAGAGAUGAUGCAGCUCGUGAAGAAGCCAAGAGGAAAGAAAAAACUCUUCAAGAAGAAAAAGCCCGGCAAGAAAUGAUCAGAGCAGAAGCCAAGGUCCAGGCUAGGCUAGAUGCUGAAAGAGUUGAAAAGGAAAAAGUCGUAGCUCUGGAAGCUGAGAGGAAAGCAGCAAAAGAAGCUGCAGCUGCUGCGGAGAAGAAGGCAUCUGAGUCAUUGAUGAAUGUUCCUUCGGAGGCUAACAAGGUUCCAAAGGAAGUCACUAAUCAUAAACAUUCAGCAGUCACCUUCAAAGUUGCGAAACUUCUUUGGGGCCAAGGACCAUGCAAUUGCGGUGUACCAGUUUAUGAGAACCAAUGCCGAUGAAGUGCAUGAUGAAGCAGAGAGAAAACUUGAUUUGAUGUAGAACUACUGUUGUUGCUAUUGUUCGUCAGCAAGUCUAAUAAAUCAGUUCGAAGGGAGAAACAUGGAUAUCAUUUCA